CACGUGGCCCCCAGUUAGCAGACCAGGAAAAUUCCAUCUCUUGCACACUUAGCUUCACACACCCAUCUGCUCACUCACCCUGGCACACUUAGCCUUGCUCACCCACCAUCUGCACUCGUCACCGCACACACCUGGCACACUUUCUCACCCUCAGCCUCUUCUGCCUCUCCUAAAGCCUUUCCUUCGCUGCCCCAUUGACGACCCUAGACCUACCAUGUCCCUGGAACCACUGAAGUUCCAGGCAGUGGGGGAGGAUGAGGAGGAUGAGGAGGAGAGCUUAGAUUCCGUGAAGGCACUGACAGCCAAGCUUCAGCUCCAGACCCGAAGACCCUCAUAUCUGGAGUGGACUGCCAGAGUCCAGAGCCGGGCCUGGUGCAGAGCCCAAGCCAGACCCGAGCCAGAAAGACCUGGAGCCAUCUGUGGCUUCGACUCCAUGGAUUCUGCGCUUGAGUGGCUCAGAAGCGAGCUGGAGAUGCGUGCUCAGGAUCGACAGCUGGCGGGGCAGCUGCUGAAGCUGCGGGCCCAGCUGCACCGACUGAAAGUGGACCAAGCCUGUCACCUGCACCAGGAGCUGCUGGAUGAGGCGGAGCUGGAGCUGGAGCUCGAGUCUGGGAUUGGCCUGGCUCUGGCCCCACCACUGCGGCACCUGGGACUCACGCGCAUGAACAUCACUGCCAGGCGCUUCACCCUCUGUUGAGGACCCUUGGGUGUCUAUCUGGGAAGAAGGAAGGAAGAGGUGGCCCUGUGGCUCCGGCAUCUGCUGGGGGAGAGGGCACACUUAGGUUUCUGAAAGUUGAAUUCAGAGAGCACAAAGCCCCAGGGUGAGGAAAAGAGAGGAAGCUCAGGCCCCAGAUGUCUUAAUAAAAACCCACUGCAUACCAUCAAAGCUUCUGCAGUCCUUC